AUGAACUUGAACCAAGUAAUUCGUGAUCACUUCGCUCGCGGUGCCGUCGAACACAACUACUCGUCUUCGUUUCUAUUCGAACUGUUUCAUAGAGCAGAGGUUUCUCUGGAGCGCCAACCUUCCUUACUCGAAAUUUCUGCUCCAAUUGUAAUUGUCGGUGACAUACAUGGACAAUAUGGCGAUUUACUUUCUAUAUUCGAGGUGGAUGGCCGUUUGAAACCCGUUAUCUCUUCCUUGGAGACUACGAAUUCUCUGGAAGUCUUAGUUCUAGUGCUUGCUCUACAGAUACAGUUUCCUCGCCAAAUAUUUCUCUUACGCGGCAAUCAUGAAAUCAAAUCCGUCAACAGAACAUAUGGAUUCUAUGCCGAUUUACGGAUGCGCUACUCGGAAGGAAAUGAAUGUGACAAUCUUCUUGAUGCUGCCGCCAGAGUUUACUCGCAGCUUCCUCUUGCGGCAUUGCUUUGUGAGAAAAUUCUUUGCUUACAUGGAGGACUUUCUCCAAAAUUACAAACAAUUGAUGAUAUUCGAAAGAUUAAAAGGCAUGUUUCUGUCAUUCUGAAUGCAAGUUUUAGAGGCACAGUAGAGCCUUCCGGCCUUGUUGAGGAUCUCCUGUGGGCUGAUCCUUCUCCAACGUGCACUGGAUUUAGAAGUAAUGUAGAUCGCGGUUGUUCUUACGUAUUUGGAAGUGACGUGGUGGCUGAUCGUUGUCAAAAAAUGGGCAUUCUCAUGAUAGUUCGUGGACAUCAGGCAGUGGAUGAAGGAUUUGAGAUCUCCCCUGAUCGAAAAGUAAUUACGUUAUUCAGUGCUCCAGGUUAUCAAGAUCAUUACAUUAACAAAGGAGCUGUAAUGAUU